GCGCUCAAAAAGGGGCAAAGGAUCAUCGCUCUUACUUGUUCCUUGAAUGAUAAUCCCAUUCGUGUGUAAACUAAUUCAGCUGUUCUAUUUUCCAAUUCUUCAACGUUUGUACUAAUUUAUCAUAUUGUACUUCAAUAUUAGUACUACAUAGUGUUAGAACAAACCCUAAUUUCUCAGAAAACAAAUCUAUAUGGAUGCGAAGGACAUCUUAGGAUUGCCCAAAAAUGGACCCAUUAUGUCCCAAGAAAAGAAAUCGAGACCUCAGAAAGAAUCUCAAAGGAAACCUGAUGGCAUUUCGCGAGAAGUUUACGCACUUACAGGUGGUAUUGCACCUCUCAUGCCUUCUCUUGACAUCAAUCAAUUGAAACGAAAAGCUCUUUCAGAGUCCGAAAAGAUUACGUGGCAAUGGCUUCCGUUCACAAGCUCUGCUAGAAAAGAUAACUUACAGCUUUAUCAUUGGGUGAGAGUUGUUAAUGGUGUUCCGCCUACAGGUGACUAUUCGUUUGCCAAGUUUAAUAAGUCUGUGGAUGUACUUGAGUACACUAACGAUGAGUAUGAGAAGUUCUUGUCCGAUCCUUCAUGGACCAAGGAAGAGACUGAUCAAUUAUUUGAGCUGUGCAAGAGGUUUGAUCUCCGUUUCAUUAUCAUAGCUGAUAGGUUCUCUUCAAAUCGUACAGUUGAGGAACUGAAGGACCGCUACUACAGUGUAUCUCGUGCUAUUACAAUUGCUAGGGCUGCAUCACCUGCCGAUGUUGCUGGACAUCCCUUUGUAAAGGAGCCUUACAAUGUCUCUCAAGAGAUAGAGCGAAAACGUGCACUGUCGAUGGUGCUUUCACAAACAAAGCUGCAAGAGCGGAGGGAUGCAGAGGUUCUUGCCGAAGCAAAACGAAUAUCAGUGGCACGAAAAUCUGUGAAGGCGGCUGAAGAGACAGAACUUCCAGUUGUGUCAGAUGCUGGCCCUGAAGGUGCUGAAAAAGCUGCCGGUAUUGAUGGAAUAUCAACCUCCCCAAAUGCUCAAUUACCCUCUGGGAUUGCUGCACCUCCAGUGUCAGAGACUGCUUCUACUUUGGCUUCUCUUCGCAUGCUUCGUGUGUACUUGAGAACAUAUGCACUAGAGCAAAUGGUGCAAGCCGCGAGCUCUUCAGCUGGACUUCGGACAAUCAAGAGGGUCGAACAAACUUUACAAGACCUUGGGGUUAAUUUGAAGCCGAAGGUCCCAACUAAGCUUGUCUGUGCAGAACAUCUUGAACUGAGGAAAGAAAUACUAACCCUGUUAAAUCUUCAAAAGCAGCUACAAUACAAGGAGGCAGAAGGCUCAUCUUAUCGUGAAGGUUCAUAUUCUGAGACUCCUGGUACACCUCCUAAGCGUGCACAACAAGACAGAACAUUCAUCCCCGACUCUACAAGUUUUGGAGGGGACAAAGUUGGUAAAAGAGACCAGAAACGCAAGGGGCCUGGGCGAUUAUCAGAAGUUCCAUCUUCGCCAGCACAGUCAAAACGGCCCCGCAAGUUAAAGACUUCAGAUGGAUGAAUUGGAGGGUUGUGUACGUCAGAAAGCUACAAGGAGCUGUAUGAUAAGCUGCUUGAAUCAACUUCUUGUGCCACUGUGAUGUGUUCUGUGUCUCUUUGGAUUUCCUCCAGCAUGAAACGUGAUCGAACCUUGCAAACCUCAAAUGUGGCUGUCUCAUUUAAGUGACACAAGAAAUGUGAGAUGCCCCUCUAAUACUUUCUGUGGAGAUCAGUCCUCUGCUUCAGAGUACAGACAGUCCACGAAGUCUGUAAAUACAUCUGUAACUUAAAAUUGUGAUUAGCAUGUUAGCCUCCCCUUUCUACCAUAUCCAUUUGGCAUGUCAUUAAAUUAUUGAGCCAUGUCGGCUUUUUUUAAUUAGCACAUCGAAGUAGUAGUGGUUUAGUUUCGUUUAAGUUGCUUACUGGAAUGGACAGACAUGAACUGGCACUGCAUAGAAGCUGAAAGUGAAAAGGGCAAGCGAUCUGCUUCUUUGGGCCUUAUCACGAAUCAUAAUAGUUUCGGUGCUGCUUCUUCUCUUUUUUUAGAUGGUUCUUGUAUUUGAUGGAUGUAAAAUUAGAUAGUGCUGUAAUUACAUAUGUGUCCGAGACCUGAUUUAGUUUCUACA